UGGCUCAUGUGCAACACCCUGUGUUUCAGCUGCUGCCCCACCAUGUGCGAGGCCGGCCUGAUCACGCCGGAGCCCUCCGGCCCCGUGCAGUACUACGCUGAGUCCUCCGACACCUACUACCAUGUGGACCGUUGGCAGAGGCUGCGCACAGCUGUCAGGAAGCUGGAGUUCUGGGAAAACUUCAAUGCUGAGCUGAUAGGCAGUGGCUUCUUCUCCAAGGUCUACAAGGUGACCCAGACUGCUGCUUGUAAAGUGAUGGUGGUGAAGAUCUACAAGAAUGAUGUGGACCAAGAGGUGAUUGUGCGUGAGAUCAGCCUGUUGCAGAAGCUGUCCCACCCCAACAUCGUCAGGUACCUUGGGAUAUGUGUGAAGGAUGACAAGCUCUACCCUAUUCUGGAGUAUGUGAAUGGGGGUUGCCUGGAGGAGCUCCUGGCCAGCAAAGACAUUGCUUUGACAUGGAAGGAAAAGGUGGACCUAGCUUCUGACAUCACAAGAGGCAUGAUCUACCUGCACUCCAAAAACAUCUACCACCGAGAUCUCAACUCCAAGAACUGCCUCAUCCGGGUGACGCCGCGGGGCCGCGAGGCACUGGUCACCGACUUUGGGCUGGCCAGGGAGGUGGUGGAGCUGCCUGUGAAGGAUGUGGAGAGGAAGCUUUCUCUGGUGGGCUCAGCUUUCUGGAUGGCUCCUGAGAUGCUGCGGGGAGAGCCCUAUGACUGGAAGGUGGAUGUAUUUUCCUUUGGCAUUCUCCUCUGUGAAAUCCUGGGCAGGAUCCCAGCUGACCCCGAAGUGCUUCCUAGGACUCAGGAUUAUGGUUUGGAUGUUACUGCCUUCCAGGGGAUGAUCAGUGAAUGCCCCAGGCAGGUGAUGGACCUCACUGCUAGCUGCUGCCGGGUGGAAGCAUUUAAGAGGCCAUCUUUCUCUGAAAUCCUGGAUGAGCUGGAGGAUGCUGCUGAGAACCUGGAGCCUAAGAGGGACAAUCAGCUUUCCAGCUGAGCUGCCUGCCUCCUGUCUUGCUCAGCAGAGGAUUGUCCAAAAGUGUAAAUGAACUGUCCAGAGGUCAGGAGUGAGGAAGGAAGGUGGGGAAGGGAAGAGCCAAGUGAUGCACUGAUGUUUAUUUAAUCAUAGUCUUGGUCUCUAAUUUCUUGGAUGGAAAACAUGGUUAAAAAUGCAGAAGGGACUUACCAAGGGUUUAUUUUUCCUAGCUAAGGUUUUUAAGUGAUGUAAUUCAGACACCAGACAGCCUUUGUCUGUUUGCUUGUUGAAAGCAAAAGAUCCUGGAGGGACAUGAAUUCCCUUGAGGAUACUUCCUAAAUCCCUGAGAAAAACAUCCUCUUCUGCUUCCCCCUGCCCCCUGACACAGGGACUUCCCCUUCUCUAUCCCCAUGGCCUCAGGGAAUCCCUCUCAGGGGGUUGAGGUCUGUGUGAUGUGAAGGAGAAGGGGCUCUGGGGUGCUUUGGUGGGCGUCAGCGUUGCCUUACAAUUCAAGGCCUUACAGCAGCAGUCUAGCAGCCAUGUGGGACCAGGGAUGCUUAGAGAGGUCUCCUGGCAUCCUGCUUGGGGGCACCCAGGUGUGGGGGCAUCUGGUAAGGCUUGGGGAGUCAGCCAGGGUCACCCCCAGGUGCCAGCCGGUGCCAGGUGGGGCAAUGGGCUAGGUGUGCCUUAUUGAGAGAUGAACUAGUAACUAAUAUCUCCCCUCAGAAAAGCUUUGUCAGAUACAUGUCCCAGCAUCACAUCAGUCUGGAUUUCCCCCCACCACCCCUGUGGCUCAGGGAUGGAGGGAUCUGCCUCCCCCUUCUCAUCCUGCUGCAGACAUGGCGAUGAGCACAGUGCCACCAGCCUGUGAGGCUGAAACAGGGCAGAGCUGGGUCCAGCACAAUCAAUUUCUCUGGCUGGCCCAGUACCCAUCACAUCCUCAGCUGUGUGGGACACCCUUGUGGACCCCAGGGCUCAGGCAGCCAGGAGAGGACUUAGUAUAACACGUACCUCUUAGGGCCAGAUGAGGGUACUGGGGCUGUGGACCCAAACCAGAGGUGGAAAGAACAAUGGCUAGAAAUGGUUUGGCAUUGCAAAUGAAGACAAAGAAGUGGACUGUCGAGUCCCUGCCCCCAGAUCAGCUAAUUGCUGGGCCAUUCCUGUGAAGGAUAUGUUCUUCUGGGACCAAGAUGUCUGUAGGUCUAAAUAGGUCUGUGUAGUGGUGGAACUGUGGCUCUGUUCUUGUAGACUGUAAGCUCUUGGAGCAGGGAUCAUUCAUCUGUCCACCAAAAAGUAUUUGUACAUUGUUUAGCCCAAGGGGCCUUUAACCUACAGCUUGAGCUGGGACCUCAGCUCAAGCUCUCAGAACUGGAUUUGGUAUCACAUAGCCCAACAUCUCUGCCGUGGGGCCUGCACAGGGAGUGUCAGUGGUGUGCUGGAACAGACCCAAUGAGGAGCACAGAGCGUUUUCACCAGGGAUCACAAGGAAUCAGGAGCUGGCAUGCAACACACUGAAUGGCAUCAGGGUCACCAGCUCCACGAAAUCUCCAAGGGGCCUCUGCAUCCUCAUUCCCCAGAGAUGCUGUGGUUUUGUGGGAUACUGACUUAUUUGCAAAAAAAACCCCUCCUGCUCUGUAAGGAGGUGCCCAGCAAAUAAGUCCCAACUGGAUGCUGCCAAGCAGGGAGAGCAAAGCCUUGAGAAGGAAAAGACUGAAAAUAGGGGAAGCUUUUCAACGUGAAGGAUGGAGAAUCACCACUUUUUGACUUGUACCAGUUUGGAGACUUCAGACCACUGGAGUGAAAUGGACUGGAACAAUGGUGUCAGCACCUCUGUGUUCAGUGAGAGCCAGCCACCACCAGCAUCACAGCAGUGUGUUGGAUGAAAAUCACAGGGUGAACAUCUACCUGGAGAUGGACCUGAGUAGCUAACUGCAACCUCCCAAGGCUUCCCAGGCUCCCUAUGGCUCUUCCAUAGAGGACCUGAGGAUGAGAAAUCCAACAGUAUGUCCCAACACUCAAAGGGUGACAGCUGUACACCUCAGCUCACUCCCUGGCUAGAGGUGGUGCUUUCCCAAAGUCCUUCCCCAGCCUUCCCCAUGCUGACUGGUCUGCCAGAGCCUGUUCUUCUUCUGCCCCCCUGCCCCCGCAAAAGAGUAAGCUGAAGGAAGAUCCCUCAACAUACUGAUUCCCUGCUGAACACCCCCUUCCCAGGACCAGCAAGGCUGGUGGUGCCCUUCCACAGGCUGGGCUGAUCUUUCCUCCAGCCGUAUAUCUGCCUGGUCUGCAGAGCAAAAACCAUGGGGCUGGGACACAGUAGAGAAGGCACGUGGAGUUGCAUAUACUUUGAUGAUGCUGUGGUAUGAAGGAGGAUCUGGUUUUAUUUAUCUGCUCAGGGGUAAGAAGCCUGCUCAAGGAUUAAAGAGAUCUGGGGUGGGGUGGGGGGGUUGAGAGGGCAGGAUAUUUUCUGCACAGAGGACAGCAUUAGCAAGCACAGUCUGAGCUGUGGUGGAUCAGAACUGUUUCUGGGCUUGCCAUAUGCCCCAUCCACUCUUGUGAGGCCACACGCUGGACCUCAGGUGACUGAAGGAUAUCAGGUUCUUGCUAGAAGGACUUUUGGUGCCUGCUGUACCUGCAGGUGAGACAGAGACUGUCUGGAGGUACCAUGUGGACUAGAAAAGCCUAUGUUGGGAGUCUGCAGAGAAUAGAGGUGGUCUGGGAAUUUCUUGUGUGCACAUUAUGCACUGAGAGUUUCUCUUCACUGGUGAGAGCUGGAUGGAGAGGUGAGCAUGAGAAACCUGCUGAGAUGCUCUCCAGGUAUGGGCGGCUAUGCUGGGAGCGCAGGGCCUGGCUUCCUCACACCAGUCUGACACCAAGUCCAGGUCAGUGGUCAAAUUUAAUCUCUCAGAUUACUGGCACUGAACUGAAGCAGCUGUGAGAGUGGGUGGAGGGUCAGUGCGCUGCAGGGGGCCUCACCUUUGCUGGGCCUGACCAGGAGGUGCCUCCUCUGCCUCUUCCCUCAGGUGGCUGCUCACUCAGCAGGUGCUGACAGCUGGACCUGGCUAUGCUGUGACCCAUGGGCCAUGUGCUCAUGCAUCCUCUGUAGUGUCUUUUUUGGUUUGUUUUUGUAAAUGCCAAUUGGGAAUAAAGUCUAGUGGUUCUUUUCCA